UGAAAACUUGAUGGAUAAGAGAAAGCCGGUGUCACGUUUGUGGACAAAAGGGUUCAUUGAAUCUGGACCAAAUGCUUUCAUUGAAUAAAUCGAACCUUUUAUCACGUAACAAAUACGUAUAAUUAUCACUUGCAAGAGCUCAGUGAUCACUGAUCAUUUCUGUCAACUAAAGAUUCGUCCAUGGCGAAGCAAGAACCCACCUCCGCCGCAUCCCGCCCCCUGAAAAUCGUAGCUGGAGCAGACGCCUUUGGCAGCAGCCUCAAAGACGUGCUCGUCGCUCAGCUCCGCUCCCUCAACAUCGAAGUCGAGGACCUCGGCACUUCGAAGUACUACUCUGUCGGCGAAGAAGUCGGCCGCCGCGUCAGCCAAGCAGCGAAGAGCAACUCCUCCGUUGAAACCCGGGGCCUGCUGGCCUGUGGAACCGGCGUCGGAGUCGCCAUCUUCGCCAACAAGUUCCCCGGGGUCUACGCCGCCACGUGUCUCACCACUGGUGAGGCCCGUAACACUCGAUCCAUCAACAAUUGCAAUGUCCUCGCUGUUUCCGGCAUGUCUACGACACCGGAAGCCGCGACGGAGAUCCUGACCACCUUCCUCAACACCCCUUUCAAAUCCCCCUGCCCCGCCUCCGGCUCGAACCCAUGGCCCGAGGAUCUCCAGGAUUUUUUUGAAAAAUCUGUUGAGGAGAUGUCCAAAAUCGGAAAUGAAAAUGGUCCUGUAGCUGAUCCGCCGUGUUUUAUCUGUUCCCUGGCGAAAGCUCGCGAGGAUAAGGAAUUCACCCCCGUCGAUGUAAUGCCUGGCGGGUCAAUGAAGAUAUUGAGGGAGACGCCCACAUCGGCCAUCGUGAGGUUUAAGGCCGGCAGCGUGGAGCCGGCGCAUCAUCAUACUUUCGGCCACGAUUUGGUAGUCACCAAGGGGAGAAAAUGUGUGUGGAAUUUGACUAAGAAGGAGAAGUAUGAUUUAGGAGUUGGGGAUUAUUUGUUCACUCCAGCAGGGGAUGUGCAUCGAGUCAAGUACUUUGAGGACACUGAGUUCUUUAUCAAGUGGGAUGGGCAUUGGGACUUGUUCUUGGAUGAAGAUGUUGCUGCUGCCAAUGCUGCUAUAGAUAAAGAGAAGAAUGAUACUAAGUAAAAGUUGAUAAGGCUGUUGAAGUUUGAUGAAUGCUGCUUGUUCUGGUAUGCUUCAUGCUUUAUCAAACAUUUUAGUAUGAAAGAUAGUGAUUUUGUGGUGUUGGUUUGGCUGUUGUCUGUUGUGCAUCUUUGUGCUGAUCAUGUAAAUGACUGUAUCUCCCUAGAUAUGGUCGAGUGUCUCGUUAUUGCUUCUAAUGUCAGUUUUUGCUGUUCUGCAAUAACUUGAUUUCUAGGAAAUGAGCUUACUGUAAAGUUGAGAUCUGCUUAUUGGGGUGUAUUUGUAGUUACAAAUACGUUAUUAAGAAAUGUAAUUUGUGAUUUUGUAUAGGACAUCAAGUGUUUAUAUAAUUAAACCUGAUAUUAAGAACACGAAUGUAAUUUAUCCUAUUAAAUAAU